GAAGAAGAAGAAGAAGAAGAAGAAGAAGAAGAAGAAGAAGAAGAAGAAGAAGAAGAAGAAGAAGAAGAACCAGGAAGAACCAGGAAGAAGAACCAGGAAGAAGAACCAGGAAGAAGAACCAGGAAGAAGAACCAGGAAGAGGCGUUGAGUCUCAAAUUGAAAACAGAAAUGGCGGGUUUGUAAUAUAAGCUGCUAUUACCACUGUAAAGUGAACAUGUAACGACUGAGCAGAUGUCUGUGAUGCCGAAGGUUGGACCGAAGAUGUUCAAAAUGAAAAUUUUAUUAAAGGCGUAGCUAAGCAACAACGGGCGGGUUAUUGCUAACUAAAGCUAGCGAGCAAUGUCCCUUAUAACGUUAGUGUGAGUUAGCUACACGGAGCGUCUUUCCUCUUUAUUGCCAACCUUACAUUAAGUGCCGUGAACAACCUUAAAUUCACACGUUAUUUCCACACUUUAACCGGUCAAAUAACGGGGUCCGGCGCCAGGUAAGCAGCUCACCUGUGGACAUCCAGUGAACACACACACACACACACGAUGUCUGUCAACGGGAAAGUCCUCCCACACACCCCGCUCGCAGUGGACUUCUGGCAGGUGAGGAAGUGUCCUGGCACCCGGCUGUUCUUCCUGUCCCACAUGCACAGCGACCACACGGUGGGUUUGACCUCCACCUGGAGCAACAGACCCAUAUACUGCUCACCGACCACCGCCACUCUGCUCAGACUCAAGCUGCAGGUGAAAGAACAGUGGAUCCAUCCUUUGGAGGUGGGCGAGCCAUACCUGCUCCCACUGGAUGACAUCGGCAAGGAGAGGCUGACAGUCACGCUGAUAGAUGCCAACCACUGUCCGGGGGCUGUCAUGUUUCUCUUUGAAGGCUACUUUGGCUCGAUACUGUACACUGGUGACUUCAGAUAUUCUCCCUCAAUGCUGCGUGAGCCGUGCUUGAGGACAAACACCACUAUAGAUGUCCUGUACCUGGACAACACCAACUGUGACCCCAACCGCAGCCUUCCCUCCAGACAGCGAGCCACUCAACAAGUCAAAGAGAUCAUCCGCAGCCACCCCAACCACAGUGUUGUCAUAGGUGUGUAUGCACUGGGUAAGGAGUCCCUGCUGUUGGAGCUGGCAAUGGAGUUUAAAACCUGGAUCGAGGUGAGCUUUGAGAGGAUGGAGACCCUCAAAGCCCUUGAGCUUCCUGACGUCUUCACAACUGACCCGGGAGCCGGCCGUAUCCGAGCCGUGGCCCAGUCAGAGAUUUGCUCUGCUGCUUUACAUCAGUGGAACAAAGAACAACCCACUUUGGCCAUCUUGCCCACCAGCAGGCCGCUGGUCUCCUACCACUCCAAUGUCCAUGUGGUGCCCUACUCAGACCACUCCUCUUACCAAGAGCUGGAGGAUUUUGUCUCUGCGCUCAAACCUACCACCCUGGUACCCAUUGUAGGAAACUGCGUUCCCGAAAGCCUCUCCGCCUUACUACCCAGCAAAAAACGCCAUGAAAUCCUGGUGCCCGAGUCAGUCCGACACUACAUGUUGAGGCAGCCUGAGAGCCACCGCAGCUCUUCAGCAUUCACAAGCCUUCGUCGCAGACAUUUCCAACCCUUUGCUCCCAAAGGGGUGGUGUUUGAGUCUCCUGUAAGGGCAUCCAGGAUGUCAUGUGAAGAAGCCUGGGAAGCAGAGUGCGUGGAGCAGGAUGACACUGAGGAAGAGAUGGAUACAGAAAGCUGUGGAAAAGAACCUGACUGCAUCCUUAUUGACUUGAGCAAGGAACUUGCCCCAAACAAUAACAGAAGAGGGGCAGGAGACCUGUGGAGCCUCAACAUUGUCCAGACAGUCUCUGAAGAAAUGUUGAUGGCAGAGACGGUGCCACUCAGUCAACUCACACAGAGCAACUUUGCUCCAAUGGAGAUCCUGACAAACACCAGGGCCUGCUCGAAGCCUGUCAGGACCACGAGAGCAUCUUUUGGAACUGAAGCCAAAACUGUCCGUGAAACAGCAUCAAGUGAAAAUUACAGUCGGCAAAGCAGACGUGGAAAUGUUCAGAAUAACCACAUUUUGUCAGAUGGUGAUGGAAUUGAUCAGGACGACGACACAAUGUUAAAUGACAAUAACACGAGUCAGCAUAGUGGACAUGGAACCGAUCAUAACAACAGUGUGACGUUAUCACAGAACAGCCCUGAUAACUGUUCCUGUGCUUCAUCCACCUACUUUUCAGAAGAACAGCAUGAAUAUGUAGGGGAGGCUGAUAAAAAUAUUUUAAAGUUUCUCCCUUUCACAGAGGAGGACCUGCAAACAUGGGGCCUCCUGGAGAAGAGCUUUCUGCAACAGUUUCCCCUCUCUCCUUUAAAUAACACAGAAAAAAAGGAUAGACAGAUAAUGUGACCUGAUGUUCAAGUUUUUGCCAUUCUUUAGAGGCCUUUUGGUGUUUAGUUUAGUUUAGUUUUGUUUUGUGUGUGUUAACAUAAGCACUUUAAAGCCAUCACACUGUGUUUUUCGCUUUCUCCUCGGUACUGUUCUACUUUAUUUAAUUUUCCUUUGCUUCCAUUUUGUGUGGUAGGCAGUAACCUGGAGUUUAGAGUAACUGGUAUUUGAUGAAAAGAUUUGUCCUUGGACUGGACCAGAAAGUCAUGGACUAACCUUUGCUCUCACUUUUCAUCAUAGCAGGCUUGGCCCCCUGGAUGUAUUAAUCCAGGACACCAUUAUGUGGUCCAAGUAAUUUUCUCAUUAAAACAAAAGAAUUUCUCUUGUUGAGUCGGGAAAAAAUAAUUAAUGACUUUUUGGAGUGGUAUAUACAUAUCACAGCAUGGGUUGGGCUGAGGCAUAGCUCACAUUUUAACAAUAUAGAUAAGUAAACUAAUUACUGUUACUGUUUUUGCCUCGAGAGCCACCUGUCUCCAAACACUUGUCGCUUUUUUGUCCUUCAUUUUCGAGUAAGUGAAAGUGAGUCAUUUGAAAUGUGUUAAAACUCAAGUGGAUGGAGCAUUUUUUUCUGCAAAGUGAGCUAAAAGCCAAAUUUAAAUUGGAGCCUAAAAGCUGAAAUGAAGUGAAAAAAUGUGCCAUGUUCCAUAUUAGCCUUUUUCACUUAAACCUUUAUUGAUGUAUUUCUGCCAUGUGUCAGUGGUGGCCUUUUUAGUUUUAAAGACACAAACAUUGCUGUCAGUUGUUUCUCAUCAAAAGUUUAUUGUGGGUUUGGUGGCAAUUAAAGUGAAAGUUUCAACACUGGUAUUUUAUAAUGAAAAACUCAAAAGUAUACUUCCUGUGAUUGUUUUUGUAACUGAGUUUGGAGAAGAUAAUGUGCAGAGAGAAUGUGAAAAGUAUUUUUUUCACAUGUUCUGCAGCAGUUGCAGCAGUGGUUUUUCCUUUAGUUUGAAGACAAAAACUGUGUGAAGUUGCACCAAAAACACUCAGACAAACAUUUUAUAUCUUAGCAAUUGCUCAUAAUUGGGAGCAAUACAGUUUAAUGUAAGUUCCAUACAGUUGUUUAACCAGCAUUGCCAACUUUAAAUAGUAGCUGCUAUUAUGUGUUUUCUGUGUUUUGAUCAGAGGUUAACGUAAACCAGUUUGUUUGUUUUUUUUUUCAGUUUUAAUCCUAAAUCUUACCUAUAGGAAUAACAUGCUCUCUGAACCUCGUAGUAGAGCUGUAAACAUUGUAAAGCCACACUUUGCCUUUUUGUGUGGUGAAAAAACUGUAGUUCAAAAGACUAGAUACUUUUGCUGUGAAGUUAUUGAAAGUGUUAAUAGGAAAACUUGUGUUACAUCCAUCUUUCAGUUUUGGACAAAGCAGCAUAGUUUGGUAAAGGAAAAUUCAACGAGUGUUUGUGAAGACAAAAAUAAUCUAAACUGUAAUACCUG